AUGGACAGUGAUAAGGAACACAUUGAGACCCUUGAACGGGUGGCAAACACAAUUGUAGUCGAACCGCAGACGCGGAUGCAAUGGGAAAGGACCAUAAUUGCGUUAAUAGUAAUCCUUGUCUUUACACAACGCCCCGCUCGUUUUGCUGUGCUGACAUCUCUGCAGGCUAUCAAUGCGUCAGUUUUCGCCGGGAUUAUCGCGCUCGUGGGCUCCGGUAUGCUCGCUAUGCAAACUACGGAGUACCUUGGUGACAAUUCCAAAUCUGCGUGGCUGAGCACCAUCGUGACGAUUUUCACCCUAUCUCUCAAUCCAAUGCUGAGCCAAGCAGCUGAUUACUGGGGCCGCAAGUGGAUCGUGAUCAUAACAUCGCUCUGCGGCUUGGGAGGUGCACUCUGUAUCUCAAGAUCGGGGGAUAUACAGACCUUGAUAGCUGGUUUCUGCGUCCUGGGCAUUUCCUUCGGCUGCCAAUCUUCCCAAUACGCCGUCGCUUCCGAAAUUCUCCCCCGUCAGCAUAGGUCAUAUGGGCAGGCUUCUGUCAAUGUUACCGCUGGAAUUGGGGCAAUUGCAGCUAUACUUAUGGGUGGUGCGCUCCUCAAUAACGAUAACGCGAAUUUCCGCAUAUAUUGGUACAUUGUUGCAGGACUUUACUUCAUAGGCGUCGUUGGUGUGGCCAUAGGAUACCGACCUCCCCUGCGCGAACAGGAAAGCACUUUGACAAACCAACAGAAGUUUGCCUCUAUGGACUGGGCCGGGGCACUGAUGCUAAGUAUAGGUCUGGUUACUUUCUGUACUGCUCUUCAGUACUCGGAGAAUCCUUACGGCUGGACCAACGCGCAUGUUGUUGCUCCUUUCGUGGUCGGUGUCGUUUUGCUUGUCACCUUUGCAGUGUACGAGUGGCGGUAUAAGGAUGACGGGAUUAUGAACCAUAAACUCUUCGGGGACAGAAAUUUUGUGGUGGUGGUGGUAGCCGUUUUUAUUGAAGGACUGGUAUACUUCACCACCAACAGCUACUACGUUUUCGAAGUCCAGACUUUAACCCAGAUGGACCUGUUCCAGGCUGGCCUCCGCUACAGCAUUCUGUUCUUCACCGCAUCUGCGUCUGCUCUCUUUAAUUCUAUACAACUCGGACCAAGCGGUUUUACCAGUACAUCAGCCACUGUCCUCUGGGGAUACCCAGUCAUCGGUGGAAUAGGGCUUGGGUGCCUACUCACGAACCUAACCGUUGCCGCACAGAUGAGCACACCGAAAGGCAUGAUCUCAGUAGCUACAGGUGUUGUCAUAGCUACUAGAAGCUUCGGGGCGUCAGUCGGGCUCGCAGUGAAUAAUGCGCUUUUCAAACGCGCCAUCGCCAGCAACCUCGCCCCAAAAAUCGCGGCCGCAGUCUUACCACUCGGGUUCCCGAAGUCCGAAUUGGGCAGCCUUAUUGCGAUAUUAUCCUCCGGAGACGCUGCUGCUAUUGCGCAAGUACCGAAUACAACUCCAAUGAUUCUGAGCGCAGCAGAGACAGCAUCGAUAGAAGCAUACGCUCUUGCUUUUCGAAAUGUUUGGAUCUGUGCAGCUACUUUUUGCGCAGCUGGACUAGUCUGUGCUUGUUUUCUCAAAAACGUGAAACAUGAAUUCACUAAAGAUGUCGACGCUCCUGCUGCAGAGGAACGCUCAGUAUUUGCGGAAUAA